AUGGCAUCUGUAUCGACGCCCCCUCCGGGCUCGCCUGCCAGUAUCAACACGCCUCCUACACCUCGCCUCGGUGGCUUCGAUGACGAUUGGGAGCCUUACACUCCCGUUCGCAAGUCUGCACGUCUCUCGUCGCAGCGCACCUCAGCCAAUCGAACACCCUCACCUCACCUGUCCGGUCGCGCACCCACAUCUCGUCAGGUCCGCGGUUCACCCAAGCCAGCCUCCGACAAGAAACAUCAGUCUUCUCAGGCUAGCUCCUCCAGCAUGAGUUCGCCCCCAGCCACCGCGUCGCCCCAGAAGAAGCGCCUUCCUACGGCGUCGCGCGUGUCGUCGGGGUCAUUGACCGCAGAGAGCAUUCGCAACGCUGCUGCCGCCCUUGGCCAGUCGCAGAGGAUGGACUCCCUAACCAGCGCCCCGAGUCAAUCGGCCCAAGUGAUGCCCACCCCCGCCAAGACCCCAUCGCGCAAACAUGCCGAGCAGAACGAAAAGAGCGUCAAUGCGAUCGCGCGCAACCUCUUCAGCAAGCCCCAGAGCCCCAAGAAGUCGCGCGCCAAGCAGUACAAGUUCGACAGCUUCGAGGCCGAGGACGACUCCUUCCAGAUCUACACCGACUCCCAGGACCGCCUACCUGCGCCCGAUGUCACCGAGGACAACCCUUUCUACGGCGAGGCCGGCAUCGCUGCCUCUGCGAAGCCCGUUCGCCGCAGCUCGCGCAACAAGAAGAACAUUGUCGGCGCCAACGUCUCAGAGCAAGUCGACGAGGUUGUCAAGCGCAAGGACGGCAUCCUCUACGUCUUCCGUGGCAAGAAGAUCUUCAGGAAGUUCUCUGAGGACGAGGAGUCUAGCCCCCGGCUCGACGUCAAGCCCCGCCUUCUUUUCCCAUCCGCGAAGAGUCACAAGGAGAAUGAUCUCGCCCACGACGAUGAGGAGGCAGACACCGACAUCGAGCAGCCCGUCGUUAGCAAGGCAGAGGUCGUCAAGGCCAACGAGUCUAAGCCCAGAGCCGAGACGCCCGUCGAGGCUGGUGAGGCCAAGGUCGACACCCCCAAGGCGCCCAAGUACGCACCUGCGUCGCCUCCAGACACGAGCCGUGCCACACGAUCCAAGAAGAUCACCAGUGAGCCGGUCCCGAUCAAAACCAAGCGCACUGGCAACCGCAGCCCCUUUGAUGGUUGGCGUCGUACCAAGACUGCCUCCGAGGGAUCGGCGAAUGGCCAGAAGCGGCCUGGAGAGCCGAUCAGCGGCCCAUCUGCGUCCAAGCGGCCCAGGACUUGA